ACACACACUCGACGACGACGAAAUGAGCUUCAACGACCUCGAGCGCGGGCAGGGCGGCGCGCCGCUGCUCCCCGGCGCUGGUAGCGGAGACGACGACGCAUUCACAAAGGUCAAGGACUCGGUCUCCAUCCAGAUCUUCAAGAUCCAGACCAACGUCCAGGGUAUCCAGAAGCUGGUUGACAAGCUUGGUGGUGCGGGCGAUGCGCCGCAGCUGCGCACGGCGUUGCACAACCUCACCGAGUCGACACGCGACAUGGUCAAGCGCUCGACCGAGGACGUCAAGGUGCUCGCUGCGUUCCCGACUGGCGGGGCAGGCCAGGCCGCGCGUAAACCCGUCCAGGCGAAACUGUCCCGCGAGUACACUGCCGCACUGCAGGGCUUCCAGCGCGUCCAGCGGCUGUCGGUGGAGAAGCAGCGCACGACGGUCGAGGUGCAGAAGCGGGCUGUCGAGGCGGCGGAGGACGAGGCCCACAACGAGCCCCGCUCCUCUGUCGAACUCGAACAGGUCCAAACCCAAACCCAGGCCCUCGCGCCCCAGAUCAGCCAGCACGAGCUCGAGUUCCAGGAACAGCUGAUAGCCGAGCGCGAGGGCGAGAUCCGCGAGAUUGAGAGCGGGAUCCACGAGCUCAACGACAUCUUUAGGGACCUUGGGGCUAUUGUCGAGCAUCAGGGGGGGUUGAUUGACAACAUCGAGUCCAACAUCACCAACGUGGCCGCGCACACCUCGUCCGCGGCGGAGGAGCUCACCACCGCACACGAGUACCAGCGCAAGGCGGGCCGGAGGGCCGUGUGCCUGCUCCUCAUCCUUGUUGUGGUCAUCCUCGUUGUGCUGCUUGCUAUCCUGUCGUAGUGCACGCCGCACCCCCGAACUCUAUAGACUUUCUUUGUAUUGCGCACGCUCGCGAGCGUGCGCUAUGUGGUAAUACUUGUGUGCUGCUGUAUGGCGACUGGGCCUAGGCCCGCUUUACUUCCGCCACUGACACC